AGAGGGGCAGGUGCACAUGGUUUUAGGCAGGAAGGUGCAGAUGUUCACGCACAUGCAGACGCACAUAUGCAGGCAGAUGCAGAGACUGACUCAUACCCAGGCAGCUAUGAUGCUGGUUACGACGACCGGCCCGGGAUUGCCCGCGCAGAUGUGGUGGAUGCGAUGCAUGGUGAUGGCACGGGUCCGAGCAUAAAUGGAGAGGUGCAGGGCAUGUAUGUCCGAGAUGACCUACGGGAUGAUGGAGAGGAGCGAGGGGAGGAGGUUGAUGGUGAGGAGACAGAAGAGGAGGAAGAGGAGGAUGGAGAGAGGGUGGUGGUGGUGUUCAAAACGGCCACCAGAGCUGCAGUGGUGCAUGCAGAGGGGAGCGAUUUGAGCGAUGGGGAUGGCGUUGUUGAUAGGGUAAGUGAUGCUGACGUGGCGAGCUACGCAGAUGUGGCAAGCGAUGUUGACGUGGCACUUGACUCUGGGGUUGCAGACCCAGAGGACGGUGUGCUUAACGGCAUGCAUGACAUGCGUGAUGACGAUGGUGGGGAUGGUGGGGAGGAUGGGGAGGAUGGGGCGCUGCAUGAGGAGGAUCCAGAGGACGAGUUGGAGGAGGAAGAAGAAGAGGAGGAGGAUGAGAGGGUGGUAGUGGUGUUUAAGACGGCAACCAAGGGAGCAAUGGUUGAAGAGGAAGAAGAGGAGGAUGAGCAUGAGGACGUGAGAGUUGAUAGUGCUGCCGACCAUGGUCAUGUCUCUAUGUCCGAGCAUGGGUCCCUGACCGAUGGCCAUCUUGAUACGGAUAUCGAGGAUGCUGAUAACGAGUUUGAGGAUGGUGAGAGGGUGGUGGUGGUGUUCAACCGACCCAGGACCGCUGAAAGGAUGCUGGAUAUGGAAGCGGAGAGAGAGGAUAUGGAGGAAGAGGAAGAGGAGGAGGAGGAGGAGGAGGAGGAGGAGGAGGAGGAUGCGGUGCUGCUAGGCAGUGUGGCUGGGGACGCGUUUCAAACAGGCAGCCAAACAGCCAGCCAUGUGGGAAGUCACAUGGGCAGCCCAACAGGGAGUCUCGUGGGUGAGGAGGAAGGGAGCGAGGCAGGGGAGAUGGAGGAGGAGAUUCAUGCCGGUAGCGAGGAUGACAGUAUGGGGGAUGGUGAGAGGGUGGUGGUGGUGUUUAACCGACCCAAAACAGCUGAGAAGAGGGAGGAUAUGGAGGAGGAGGAGGAGGAGAGGGAGGAGGAUGGGGAGAGGGAGGCUGAUGAUGAGGUGAUGCUAGGCAGCGUGGCUGGGGAUGCGUUCCUCCAAACAGGCAGCCAUCCAGGGAGUCAUGUGGAUGAGGAGCUUGCUGCUGGUAGCGAGGAGGGCAGUAUGGAGGAUGGCGAGAGGUUGGUGGUGGUGUUUAAGAGGGCGACACUUGCUGGGAGAGAUGAGAUCGAGGAGGAAGAGGUGGAGGAGGAGGAGGGUCGGAGUGAGAAGGGUUUGAAGCACCAUUCGGAUGGCUUGGAUGUUGGAGAGGAAGAGCAGAGGGAGCAUGAGGAGGAGGAUGGGGAGGAGGAUGGGGAGGAGGAGGAGGAGGAGCACGAGGAGGAGGAUGAGGAGGAGGAAGGUUAUGAGGAGGAGGAGGAUGGGGAGAAGAGGAAGGAGAUUGAGCGGUGGAUUGAGGUGGCAGAGAGGGAGCUGGCGCAGCAGAGCCCGGGGGCUGGCAGCAGGCGCAGUGGCAGCGGGGUGAGCAGCAUUGACCUGAGCUUUGAGGUUGACAUCAGCAGGAGUAGGAGUAGGAGCAGGAGCACCAGUGGGAGUGGGAGUGGGAGUGGGAGUGGAAGUGGGAGUGGGAGUGGGAGUGAGAGUGAGAGUGAGAGUAGGAGCAGGAGCAGAAGCCACAGUGCGAGUGAGACAGGGGGGAGUGGGAGUGAGAGAGUGGGGGCGAGGGGGGGUAGAAGGAGUGGGAGGAUGAGCACUGAGGAGGUGAGUGAGGAGGGAUCAGAGAGAGUGGGGGUGAAGAACAGUGUUAGCAGCAGAAGCAGAAGCAAAGGCAGCAGAAGCAUGCCUCGCAGUGGGAGGAGCAGAAGCAGGAGCAGAAGCAACCACAGCAGCAGAGCAAGAAGCAGAAGCAUUCACAGCAGCAGGAGCGGGAGCAGGAGGAGGAGCAGGAGCAGGGGCAGGGGCAGCAGUAGAAUCACGAGCAGCAGAAGUGGGAGUGGGAAAAGGGAGAGUGUGGCAGAUAGUGCAAGCGAGGGGGUGAGUGUGGGAGGGAGUGAGAGGGGAGGUAAAACUGGGAGUGCGAGCACGAGAAGAAGCGAUAAGACACAGAGCAGUAGUGUGAGCAAGCGAGAGAGUGACCACUUGCACGCGAGAGAGGGGAGGAGGAGUGUGGACGGGAGUGUGAAAUCAAGUGAGAAAGCAAGUGAGAGCGAGAGAGGAAGUGCCAGCAAGAGUGUGAGUGGUAGUUGGAGCGAUGGGACGAGCAAGCACAGUGCUACAGGCAGUGCUACAGGCAGUGCUACAGAUAGUGCUAAGGGAUCCGAGACUCAGAGUGGCAGUGAGCGGAGUAGUAGCAUCACGGGGAGCAGCCGUGGAAGCGAUGUGAGAGCGAGGGGUGGUAGCAGAAGCGGAGGAGAGAGGGCGAGUGGAAGCCAGCACUCUAAAGUCUCAGAUAGCGAUGUUUCCAGAGUGGGUGACAGGAGAAGUGAGGCCAGUAGCGAGCGAGGGGGUGUGGCGCAGAGUGUGAGUGAGCAUGGUAGUGGGCAUGGGAGUGUGCAUGGAAGCAAACAUGGGAGUGGCGUGUUGAGUGGAUCACAUAGUGUAAAUGAGAGCGGCGUGCUCAGUGGGCUGCAUAGUGAGGAGGUUCGGAGUGAGAGACAGAGUGUGACUGCCAGUGAAGGUGAGGGGGGUGGAAAGGGAACUGGGAAGGGCAGUGUGAGUGGAAGCGAAGGGGGAGGCAGUGCGGAGAACAGUGACGUGGAGAAUGUACGGGGGAAUAAGUCUGAGAGAGCAAGUGAGGGAGUGAGUGAGGGAGGGAGUGCGAGGGGGCGUGAGAGCCUGAGAAGCAGCAGAAGCCAUAGCACUUACAGCAGCACGCACAGCAUGGCAAAGAGUGAGCACAGCAGCCUACACAGUCAGCACAGCAGCCCACACAGUCAGCACAGCAGCCGACAUGUUCAGCACAGCAGUACACACAGUCAGCACAGCAGCCGACAUGGUCAGCACAGUAGUACACACAGUCAGCACAGCAGCCGACAUGGUCAGCACAGCAGCACACACAGUCAGCACAGCAGCCCACACAGUCAGCACAGCAGCCCACACAGUCAGCACAGCAGCAGCACGCAUAGCAGCAGGAGUGCGGCCAGCCGUUCUGCCAGCAGUGACAGCAGGAGUGGUGCGAGCAGCGGGCAUGCGGCAAAAAGUGGUGAUGGCGCUGCUGGAGUCACCCGAGCUGACAGCACAGGCAGUGAGCGGUCCAGAGCUAGUGGCAGCAUGAGCAAAACGAGCAGCGUGAGCAGAGGGAGUAGCAAGAGCAGGGGGAGCAGCAUGAGCAGCCACAGGUCGAGUGCUAGUGGCAGCAUGGGGAAGAGGAGCAGGGAGGAUGCGUGGGGAGCAGUGGAGGAGAGUGGAGUAUUGGAGAGUGGAGUAUUGGAGAGUGGAGUAUUGGAGAGCGGAGUGAUGGAGGGAAGUGGAGCAGUGGGGAGUGGCGACGGCGUGGAGAGGUUAAGUGAUGAGGAAGAGGAGAGGGAGGGACAAGGGGUUGAGGUUGAGGAUCAAGAGGGCGAGAGAGGUGGUGCAGAUGAUGUGUGGAGCAGUGACGGUGACGCAUGGCUCGAGGCAGAGGCAGAGGCAGAGGCAGAGGCAGAGGCAGAGGCGGAGGCACAGGAGGUAUCGGAGGGUGCAGGCGUGACUGUUGAUGGCCUAGCAAUGAAGACAGGAGCAGGGGCAGUGGAAGGAAGGGGCGUAGGGGAAGGGGGAGGAGCAGACACAGAGAGCGUGGAUGGGGCAAGGGGCAUCCUGGAGAGUGACGGUGAGGAGGAGGCGAGCUGGGUCAGCAGUAACUUGUCUGCACUGCAGCAGGUGAAGCUGGCGCCUGGACACGUGGCAGAUGGUGAUUGGACGGAGGAGUGGGAGGGGGAGCAGCAGCAGGUGCAUGCACAGGGCGAAGAGGGUCGGGCAAUUGAGGAUAGGGAGUUGGGAGGGAAGGAGGGGCCUGUGGAAGGAGAUAUGGAGGUUAAUCGCCAGGUGAAUGAUCAGGUGGCUCAGGAGGGGGUGCAGCAGGUGGACCAUCAGGUGAAUUAUCAGGUAGUUGAGCCAGCUGGUGAGCAGCAGCAGCAGCAGCAACAGGGUGAAAGGGAGGCAGCAGACGGGGCAGCAGAGAGCAUAGCAGGAGUGGGCAAGGGUGGGGUCAUGCGGCAGAUCGACGAGGAUGCGUACGAGUAUGAUAUGGGGGGUGAUGUGUAUGAGGGUGAGCUGGACUGGAGCAGAGAUGUGGGCGAUGGGGGGGUGGGCAUGCAGGGGUGGUCGGGUGAGUGGACGAGAGAGAGUGAGGUGUGGGGUGGUGCGAGUGGUGUGACAGGUGCUGGUGUGGAGGCAGGGGAUGGUGUUGAGGCCGAGUUGAGUGUGGAGGAGGGAGAAGGCAUGGUCAGCAGCGCAUCGGACGGGGCAGGUGGGGUGGUGGAGCUGAUGGGAGAGUUGGAGGGGACAGAGGGCAGUCCCUUGGAUGCUGAUGCUGGGAUGGCAAGAAGUGCGCUGGAGUUUGAGGAGUCAGUUAGUGCUGUCGCUAUAGCUGCAUCCAGUGGUGCUGGUGGUGGUGCUGGCAGUGGUGCUGGCAGUGGUGCUGGCAGUGGUGUUGGCAGUGAUGCUGGCAGUGAUGCUUCGAGCAGCAAAAGUGAUGAGGAGGGGGGCGAAAAAGAAACGGCUGUCAGGGAUGUUGAGGAGGAGGAGGCUGAGGAUGAGCCAGCAGAGGAAAGACAGGAGGAGGAGACUGAGAAGGGGGCAGAGCAGGAGGUGGAGGAAGAGGAGGAGGAGGAGGAGGUGGAGGAAGAGGAGGAGGAGGAGGAGGAGGAAGAGAGGGAAGAAAAGGAUGAAGCACCAGAGGGGGCAGAGGGGGCAGAAGGGGCAGAGGAGGACGAGGCGGAGUGGAGCGACUUGUCGAGUGAAGCGGAGUGGAAGCAGCAUGGAGCUGGCGGCCCCACCCAGUCCCCUUUUGCCCCCUCUCCUCUCCAGUCCAUCAGCCCCUACGCGUCUCUCUCCCCACUGCCAUCCAACGCCCCGAGCUCAGUUGUGCCUCUAGACUGCUCUGCUGUCAGCCUCGCUCUUGAACGGCAACAGGAGCAGCAGGAGGAGAAGGAGUCAGGGGCAGAAUCUGGGGAGGAAGUGGAGGAGGACGAGGAGGAGGAGCAGGAGGAGGAGGAGGAGAAGGAGGAGCAGGAGGAGGAGGAGGAGGAGGAGGAGCAGGAGGAGGAGGAGGAGAAGGAGGAGCCGGAGAGGGAUGAGGGGCUGGAAGGGCAGGGCGGCACAUUCUCUUUUGCCGCUGGCAGCCCAUCUCUAGCGCUGCCCCUCGCCAGCCCUGCUGCGUUGCCUCACGAUCGAAUCUCCGGGGAGUUCGGAGCUCUGCAGUGCCGCUCACCUCUCCAGAGUGAGGCGGACGAGGCUCAAGUCUCUCUUCCCACCACUCCUGCGCCUCAAUGCGCCUCUCCCCAUUCCUCUCCUGGGUCUCAGUGCGCCUCACCCCAUUCCUCUCCUGGGUCUCAGUGCGCCUCACCCCUUUCCUCUCCUGGGUCUCAGUGCGCCUCACCCCAUUCCUCUCCUGGGUCUCAGACUCAGUGCGCCUCUCCCCACGCAUCUCCUGCCUCUGCUUUACCCCUUCUUCCUGCAACCCACCCUGCUUCGUCACCUGCCAGCCCUGCUGACGUGGCAGUCUCUGCUGAUGUCAUAACGGCUGGGCAUGACGCCACUGGCCCACCUGAAAGCCCUGUUCUGGAGUCACGCUCGAUUCCAGCUGCUGGUGUUGCCAAAUCACCUGACACGUCACCUGGGGCUGCACCUGACAUGGCACCUGGAAAAAGCUCUGCCUCUGUUGAGGUGCUCCCUUCAGGUGCUGUCUCUGUUGUUCUGCCCUCAGGUGCUGUUUCCGUCGUGCUACCUUCAGGUGCCGUGUCUGUCAUGCUGCCUUCAGGUUCUGUCACUGUUGCGCUGCCCUCAGGUGCUGUCUCUGUUGGUUCAGGUGCCAGCCCUGAUUCAUAUGCUGUGAAUUCACCUGAGGCAGCUGGAACAAGAAUGGAUCAGAGUGAGUGGGAAGACUUGAGAGUGGCAGAGGUUGAGGAAAAGGGGGAGAGUGAGAGUGGGAGUGAGAGUGUUGGUGAGAGGGAGAGGGAUGGGGAAAGAGGGGAGGCGUAUGAGGGAGAGAGUGAGAAGUGGGAGGAAUCAGAAGAGUGGAGCGAUGCUGGUCUGGAUGCGGUAACCAGUGAUGCUGGUGAUGCGGUAACCAGUGAAGCUGGCGAUGCGGUAAUCAGUGAUGCUGGUGAUGCGGUAACCAGUGAUGCUGGGGAUGCGGUAACCAGUGAAACGGGCAAUGCGUUAACCAGUGAUGCUGAUGUGGCUGUGGUCAUCAGCAGUGUUGGUAUGGAGGAGAUCGGGAGUGGAGGGAGCGUUGAGGAGGCAGGAAGAGAGGUAGGGGAGAGUGAAACGGCAGGUGAUGAGGGCGGGGAGAGUGAUGUUAGUGACAAGGAAUGGUCUGACAUGGAUGGAAGUGAGAGCGAAGGGAGUGAGAACGAGGGGAGUGAGAACGAAGGGAGUGAGAACGAAGGGAGUGAGAACGAAGGGAGUGAGAACGAAGGGAGUGAGAACGAAGGAGUGAGAACGAAGGGAGUGAGAACAAGGGAGUGAGAACGAAGGGAGCAAGGCAGAAGCUUCUGAAACUAGGGUGAGAGAAGACACUGAUGGGGAAACUAGGGAUGCGAACACUGAUGCUUCCAUCGCGGUCCCAGCCUUGCAUGCUGCAGCAGGUGGAGCCGAUGAUGACUCCCAUUCUGAAGAGGGCCAAUGGGGUGUGGCCGAGGGAGCAGAGGAGGGAGCUGUUGAAGGGACAGAGGUGGG